AUGGCUAGAGCUGGUGAUUUCCAUUGCAUUUCGAAGAGAUGCCAGCCUAAGGUCGACCACAGUGGUCAAGCCUACGUUAUAGUUUGUGGUAGUGGAGGCAUGCUGGCUAGCCGAAAUGAUGGUAGAGUAGGGUCAUGUCCUGGGGUGGGCCAGGGGGCGGGGGACAAGUGUGGCAAGAGGACUAGAUGGAAGGGUACGGGGGCUCGAGAUAUUAACAGGUUUAAACUAUGGUACUCACGAGGAGCUGCUGGCAAGAACGAAAUAGGUAUUUUAGUUGAUAGGGAUCUCAGGGAGAUGGUGGUGGAUGUUAGGAGGGUGAAUGAUAGGGUAAUGACUAUUAAGUUAGUGGUUAGUGGAGUCACUUUUAACGUGAUUAGCGCUUACGCACCUCAGGUGGGCCUGGGCGAGGAGGUCAAAAGACGUUUCUGGGAUGAUUUGGAUGAGGUUGUGCGUGGUAUUCCAUACUCCUAG